AUGGCAGUGCAGCCUGGUUUUGUGCAAAAGCUCUACAAGAAGGCCUCUGAUUUUCAAUGUCAUGCUCGAUCAUCGACCAGUAAGAGUGACUUUGUGUCAAUGUCUUCAUAUGACACAUACCUCAGUGUGACAUACAUGGCAACUGGAAUAUGCGAGAAUGAAACACUGGGAACUGACCCCACAACAGCAUGCACCUUCAUGGCUGCGGACGGAACAGCAUGGAGCUACGAGAAACCUAAGGUUGCGCCCGCGUUUGAGGAUGUACUGGACUCCAUUGGGUCCAGAGGGAAGUUCCAGACAAGGAUCACCGUCAUCUUUAUUUGCUUUGCACAAUGCUUGAACAUGCUAAGUAUCUCUGUGUUAUAUCUCGCAGUCCAUACGCCCAAUCACUGGUGCCAUGUACCUGGCAUAGAACAUACAAAUCUCACAUUGGAGGAGUGGAAGAAUAUUACAAUCCCAAGGGAAGGAGACAUCUUCAGCAAAUGCCUGAUGUACAACCUUACCGACCCUCACCACCCCAGCACCAGUGCAAAUGUCACCAAGUGUUUGUACGGCUGGGACUACGACGACACGUGGUUCUCACUGACAGUAGUAUCGCAGAUGAAUUGGGUCUGUGACAACAAACAUGUCGUCAGUGACGUCUUGUUCUACUCCCAGAAUGUUGGAGUGGCUCUGGGACUACUCUUCGGCUAUAUUGGCGACAUGUUCGGCCGGCGGCCGCUGCUGCUGCUGUGCCUGGCGGCGCACGCGGCCAGCAGGCUGCUCACGGUGCUCACGCCGCGGGUCCUCGGCCUCUUCAUCCUCGCCGUCUCCGUGGUGACAGGCGCAGGUGGACCUACUUUGGACUCUGCUUUGUCUGUCGGUCUAGAACUGACAGAUAAGGGACAUCGGACCGCCAUCAAUCUGCUCGCCCACUGCAGCAUGGGUGUGGGAAUGUCACUUGCUGGUUUAGUGGCCUGGCUGCUGCCCAACUGGAUCUACUUCCUCUCACUCGUCGCGGCCUGCCAACUUCCGCUAUUUGUUUUUCAUAGGUCGGUGUUUGUGCUGACAUUCUACUCCCCCAUGACGGUGGCCAGCAAGCUGAGCGUAAACCCGUUCCUGUCAGUAGCGGCACAGGGCAUGGCGCAGUUUGUGGCCUACUUCGUGGUCAACUGCUGGGCGUCCCGCUUUGGACGCCGUUGGUCUGCCGUCGCAGCACCCCUGUUGGCCGGCAUUGCCAGUUGUGCCACGUUCUACAUGCUGACAGUCGAUGUUGGCAGAUCGGCGCUCGUGGUGGUAUUAACGGUGAUUGAGCUUGGAGCAACAUGCAGCGGUGGCAUGACGGACUUGCAGAGUAUUGAGCUGCACCCCACCUGCCUGCGCCAAAUCGCAGUCGCAGUGGAAUGGACAGUCGCGGGAAUCGCCCUGUCUGCCCUGCCCUACUUAACCUUAAUGGACGAUAAGCGGCUGCCUUUCGCUAUUAUCGCUGGUCUCAAUUUCCUGGCAGCUUCUAGCGUGUCAUUCCUGCCGGAGUCUGCGAUGCAGAAGUUGCCUGAGACAUUGGAAGACGCCGCAACAUUUGGGAAAGGGCAACGGUAUUGGAGCUGGAAACCCGUGCCACCUCCAGAAUACAUAAGAGAAUAA